CCGCUGCCGGCAGCGCUGGGCCCGGGCAGGCGCCGCGCCUGCAGCUCUCGGCGGGGCCAUGCGGAUGGCGGUCGGUGCGGCAGCGGGUGAGGGGGCAGCGCAGAGCCCCGGCCCCGCCGCCGUGUCGCUGGGCUUGAGCGUGGCCGUGGUCUCCAGCUUGGUGAACGGUUCCACCUUCGUCCUGCAGAAGAAGGGGAUCGUGCGGGCCCGCGGGAGAGGUACUUCAUACUUAACAGAUAUAGUAUGGUGGUCUGGCACUAUCGCAAUGGCUCUGGGUCAAAUAGGGAAUUUCUUGGCCUACACUGCAGUCCCAACUGUGCUAGUGACGCCCUUGGGAGCUCUUGGCGUUCCAUUUGGGUCCAUCUUAGCUUCUUACUUACUGAAAGAGAAACUGAACAUUCUUGGCAAGCUGGGAUGUUUGCUGAGCUGCGCUGGGUCUGUUGUUCUCAUCAUCCAUUCCCCAAAAUCCGAGAGUGUAACGACUCAGGCUGAGCUUGAAGAGAAGCUUACAAAUCCAGUUUUCGUGGGUUAUCUCUGCAUAGUGCUGCUUAUGCUUCUCCUGCUUAUCUUCUGGAUAGCUCCAGCUCAUGGACCUACUAAUAUCAUGGUUUACAUCAGUAUUUGCUCUCUGUUGGGCAGUUUCACUGUUCCCAGUACAAAAGGCAUUGGGCUGGCCGCUCAAGAUAUCUUUCACAAUAACCCAUCUAGUCAAAGGGCUCUGUACCUCUGUCUGGUACUUCUGGCAGUAUUAGGAUGUAGCAUUAUCAUUCAGUUCAGAUACAUCAAUAAGGCACUGGAAUGUUUUGACUCCUCUGUGUUUGGUGCCAUCUACUACGUUGUGUUUACCACCCUAGUCUUGCUGGCUUCAGCCAUCCUUUUCAGGGAAUGGAGUAAUGUAGGAGUGGUAGAUUUUUUGGGAAUGGCUUGUGGAUUCACCACAGUAUCUAUUGGAAUCGUUCUUAUACAAGUCUUCAAGGAAUUCAACUUCAAUAUUGGAGAUUUAAAUAAACCUAACAUGAAAACAGAUUAAAAUAUUUUUUGAGAGGAAACUGGAUGGCUCAGGGAAGGAUGCAGAGUCUUUAAUUUCUAGGUCACUGAUUCAAAUAGGAUUCAGGCAGGUAACUACCCUCUUAUGCUUUGGUGGCCUAUAUGAAAUGAAUUGGAGGCCUCCAUCCAGUUUCAAAGGAACAGUUGUCCAUGUACCCCAGUCGACACAAUAAAUGACCUUAAUUGCAACCACUGAUUGAGUCAGCAUAGAGACUGAUGUAUUUCUUUACUGUAAAAGAUAAUCCCUCCGAAAAGGUCUGUGGAUACUCUGACAGACCUGCAUGUCAAAGCUUGUAUUGUGACUUCUGAGGUACCGUUUCUGUGGCAGAGAACAUCAGUUUCUAACUCACUCAAUCUGACACCUUCCAUCAUGAGUGAUGUGUACCUUUAAAAUAAGGGGAAAUAAAAGUGGGACAAUUUGUUAAUUUCAGUAUAGCAACGUGUUCACCAUGAAGGCUGUGAAUUCUGAGAUAAAUGUUGGUUGAACCAUGAACUGCAGAUUUGUCGUUUUUAAUGACUGUCUUGGCAACUUUGUCUGCCAUGCGGUGAAGACUGGGGAGUUUUAAAUUUAAUUCUUUAUACAGA